AUGUUGGACUCUUCUGUGGCUUCCAUGGAUUCGACUGAGCCUGGAGAGCAGCAAGGUAUGGCCAUUGGUGUCCCAAUACGCUAUUUUCUACUUGGGGACGAAGAACGGGCUCAGAAGCAGCUAGCGCUUGCCAAAGAGAGGUGUAUCGCCAGCGCAAUGAAGCGGCUCUCUCGUGCUGUGGUUGGCGAAGAGCUUUAUCAGCAGUUGCAAACUGCUGCUCCUGUGCUUGUCACUGGAAGCUGUGGGUAUCUGGGUUCAGCCUUGCUUGCAAUCCUUAGAGACUUGGGCAUCAAAGCAAGAGGUUUGGACCUCAUGGCCCCGGACACUGUCGAGAAUAUGGCAGGUGAUGUAGGGAUGGAGCAAGUGGUACAGCGUGCUGCGGAAGGAUGCAGAUCUGUGAUCCAUGCAGCAGCCUUGCAUGCCCCCAACCUGGACUUCUACACAGAGGCUGACUACAAGCAUGUCAACUUGGGCGGCACCCGUCAUGUCUUGAAUGUUGCAACUGCAAUGGGGCUGAGCUGUGUGUUCUCCUCAACAACUUCGCUCAUGAACACUCAGAAGGUGAAGGAGCGCUCCAAGUCGAGCACAUUGGUGUUGAAGGCGUCGGAGGACUAUGGCACACCACGCAACAUUUAUGGCGUGACCAAGAAAAAGGCAGAACAGUACUGCGUGGACUCCGGUUGCAGCGUGGCUAUCCUCAGAUGCAGCCGUUUUUUUUGCAGAGGAUGCUUAUGA